ACACUUAUGCGAACAAAUUUUCCAGCCAAAAAGAGUGUCAAAACGGUGACCUUGGAGUAGUCAUGUGAAUUUGCUGAAUAGCUAAAAGUUACACGAAGGUAAAUCAAGCGAAUGCGGUGGUUACGGCACGAUUAUUAUAGUUGAAAAUUUAGCGAAAUUAUCACGAACAACCAAUACAGUAUGAGAUGGUGCAUUAUUUCACUUCUUUGUUCUAUAAAUUCAGACAUAGUAAAAAUCGAAGAAUUCAUUUUAAGAGCCUCAUUAAACAAAUGUACAUAUGUAUGUGUUGUGCAGACAAAUAUACAAACAUUAUUCGUAUGGAGUAAAUUUUGUUUUUUUAUAAAUUAAACUGAAACAGAAAACUUUAAUCAAAAUUUAAAUGAUUUUGUGACUACGUAGUGUUGCGUUUUAACUAUGAGUGAGUUGGAGAAAAAAAUAAAUUCUUACAACUACAGUUAUAACGGUUGGAAUAUUCCUCGAAUGUUGAUGUGAAAAGAAAAUUAAACGUUAUGGCAUAUCAAAUUGUGUUGUCGGAUCUGUUGGGUCCAAACAGUUCUUUCAUAUUUGUUUUCAUGGACACAUACUUAUUUAUAUACAUUUUGUCAAUUAAUUGUUUGAAAAGUUAAGGGGCUAUACCAGUGUAACCCAUAAAAAUUUAGGUGAAUUUUUUAAAGCAUGUUCUCCACCAAAUAUUUCGAAGAUCUUUGGACAUAAUAAGCUAAAUUUGCAGCUAUUUUUUAAUAUUUUUUUUUUUUUAAAUAUUGAAAAAUAACGAAGUUAUAUGCUGUUUUCGGAGGUGCAAAAAAAAAGUUCCCCAACUGUUUUUUCAAUGCCAAAUUGGCAAUUUUCAAGCAAUCAAAAAGAUCGUAGGUCAAUUUCUCGGUGAGUUAUGUUGUCAGAAUUUUUGAAAAAUGUCGUUUCGAGAAAAACACGUUUACAGUUUCAACUACCUGCGAGCGGUCGUACUUUAGAACGUUGCCGUUCAAAAACUAUUCAAGAUACUACCUUGCCGAUUUCACAAAAUAUUUUUGAAUAUAUAAGGUAUCGAAAAAGCAAAGUACUAAAAAAUCGAUUUUUUGAAAGUAUCACACUGGUUAGCCAUUUAAAAAAGAAUACAAGUUUAUUUUUAAAUUCAUGUUUCGUAAACUAUGAUACCUUCUUUAAUUUUUUUGACAUUAUAUAAUUGAUCUAAAUAGUCUUUAUAAAUGUGACAAAGAGGAAUAACAAAAUUUCAAUAAUUAACGGUAUAAAAGGGACUAAAAUAAAAUUCGGCACAUAUUGCACUGUCAAUUAACUCGUUGCAAAAUGCAAACGAAUUCGCUGAAAUUCGAAGCAGCCUAAAACGGUACUUCAAAUCUGAAUUUAUGUACAUACUAUAAAUUAUAUUUUUGUCGUUUCAAACAGAUUUUAUUAAAUAAUGAACUUUAUAAUUAUAACAAUUUUUGGAAGUACAAGUUUUAUUAUUAAAUUUUAUGAGUAUUCAACUCCUCUUGCUGAUGGCCACUUUUACAAUGAUUGAUUCUAUGAUUUUUGCAUUUACUCAUAACCGUCUGACGCUGUCAACUAGCGUCAGUAUUUUUCCACAUUAUUAGUACCGUUAUGCAUUUAAUGUGUUAGAAUUCCAGGAAUGUGAACGUCAUCACUAUUUUUUUUUUAUAGUAGGGGGAAACAUCGAAAGUCGGAGUUCGGAACUUUAAUCCGCUAAACCUAACCUACUCCCAACUCAAGACUCUCCCACGGGACAACCGAUUAAGUAUUACUUCGUGGGAGGGACAGGACAUUUAAGUCUCCUCUAUCGUGCGGACUGACGGACGCCUAAUUUGUUCAAAAAGUCUCAGUUUUGUCAUUAUGGAUGCUGACGCUUCGCUGACAGCUUUCCAUUUAUCAGCCGACCGACACAUGAGUGUCGUUAAAUUAUCGACUGUAAGACUACCACCUAGUGUGGUUUUUAGUCUUUCCCUUGUAUUUGAAAAUCUAGGGCAAUAAAACAAUACAUGUUCAGAGUCUUCUAUCUGCUCUGUACACGUCGGACAGUUCGGACUAAUGUCAUUGUGGAAUCUGAAGAGGUAGCUUCUAAAGCACCCAUGUCCACUAAGUAUCUGGGUCAGAUUAAAGUCUAGGUCACCAUGUCGUCUGUCUAUCCACGAGUGGGUGUCCGGUAUAAGUCGGUGGGUCCAACGCCCUUUGGAUGAGGAAUUCCACCGCUCCUGCCACAUUUUAACGCUCUAGUUCCUCUCCUCGGUCUUUGCCGAUACUGUUUUAGGCGCCGAUAGAUGAUAUAAACGCUCGAGUUCAUCACCCUGGAUGUCAAUGGGCGGCAUGCUGGCUAAUACUUCAGCAGCGUCGGUUGAUGCAGUCCGGAAAGCACUUAUUACUCGAAUUGCAGAAAGCCUAUGCACUGCAAUUAUUUGUUUAGCAUACGCUUUUAUAUUCAUUGCUUGUAUCCAUACUGGUGCUGCGUACAGUAUUAUGGAACUCAUUGCUUUCGCUAUUAAGAAUCGCCGGCUGGAACGCACACAGCCUGUGUUGGUCAUCAUUCUCGAUAGUGUGUUGUAAAUUUUGUUUGUUUUACUGGAGGAGUACUCCAGGUGUUCUUUGAAUUUUAAUUUAGAAUCCAAUAUUACCCCCAGAUACUUCAGCUGCGGCUGCGAAGUAAUUUCGCACUCCCCUAUGGUGAGCUCUAUUUGUUCAUCUACCUUUCUGGUGCUUAUAAGUAAAACUUCAUUUUUUUGCUCUGCAAGCUCCAGACUCACAGAAGAGAACCAGUGCCGUAGAUCAUUUACGAACUCAUUGCAUUUGCUUCUUAGGUCGACUAAUUGUUUUGCCACUGCUACCACCAUGAGAUCGUCUGCAUAUGCUAUUAGUUUCACAUCUUUUGGUUACUGCCUUCUUAGCACCCCGUCAUACAUUAGGUUCCAUAACAGCGGGCCUAACACUGACCCUUGAAGUACUCCACUCGAGAUAGAGUAGCUCUUGGCUCCUUCGUUAGUAUCAUAAAUCAGCCUUCUGUUUCUAAAAUAACUCGUUACAAUAUUUAUGAGGUAUUCUGGAGCGCGAAUUUUUUCCAGGGCUUUGAUUAUGUGUGCCCAUUUUGCCGUGUUGAACGCAUUCUUGACAUCCAGGGUGAUCAGCGCACAGUACCUUUUCGUGCCACCUUUCCAUCUUUUCCCACUUACUGCAAAUUUCGCAGUAUCGACGACUUCUCGUAGUGCGUCAAUAGUGGAUCUCUUUUUUAUAAAGCCGUAUUGUCUCUCUGAUAGUCCGCCGGCUUUCUGGAUUACUAACUCCAAGCGGUUUCGUAUUAUACUUUCAUACACUUUACCAAUUGUGUCGAGCAUACACAAAGGUCGGUACGAUGAAGGUUCUUCUGGUGGUUUCUUUGGUUUUGGGAGCAGAACCAAACGUUGUACUUUCCACGAGUCGGGGAAUACCUCUUCCUUUAAACAAGCGUUGCACAUUUUAGCGAAAACUCGGGGUUUUAAGCUUAUGGCUUCCUUCAGAGCUCUGUUUGGUAUGCCAUUCCAAUCCAGGCGCUUUAGUGUUUUUGAUUUUCCUUGCUAUUGCCAAUAGUUCGUCUUCCGUGACUAACGGGGGUGUAGAGUUGGCAUAUAAAAUCCGGUCGUGUUUCGGGAAUAGUGCUUCUACGACCUUUCCCAUAAAAGAGGCAUCUUUAGGUUGCUGCUGCUUGUUUUUAAAUCUAGACAUACAUAUUUUGCAUGCAGUACCCCAAGGGUCAAAGUUUGCUUCCUCACACAGCUUCUCAAAACAUGAUUUUUUGCUUCGUAUAAUUGCCGACUUCAGGAGCCUCUUGUGGCUUUUAAAUACCUCCCUAAGGCGAUUUUCGUUCGUUUCGCUGUAGAUGCCGUCUAGCUGAGUGACAAAGCUUUCUCAGCAUGGAAAUUUCCUCGUUCCACCAAUAUACAGGCCGCCGCUUGUGGUGAUGUGACGAUCUACGCAUUGUUGCAUCGCGUGCUGCCACCAGUUCUUUUCGAACUGCUGAUACCAAGUGGGCGGCGCUGUCACCAGAUGCCUUUGAUGCACUCCAGACUAGGUCAAACAGGUCUGGGUCGAACUCUUGUUGUUUCCAACUUCGCUUUCGGGAGGGGUUUCUGCUAAGAAGCUCCUGCUCUCGGGAGUACGAAAUUUGUGCUAUAAUCGCCAUAUGACCACUGUAUGUGUAUGUAUUUGACACUGUCUAAUUUAUAUGCCUGCUGAAUGAAUCAUUUGCGAACAUAAUGUCAAUUAUGGAUCCUUUGUUUCCUUUUUGGUACGUGUUUCGCGUUCCACUGUUUAUUAUUGUUAGGUUCGUUUGACUUAAGAAUUCUUGGACUAGGCGCCCGCGAUGGUUUGUAUAUCUGUUGCCCCAUGCAGUCGACCAUGCGUUAAAAUCCCCCGCUAUUACAAUUGGAGUUUUGCCUCUGGUUUCUAAAGAGAGCCGUAAGAGGAAGUCUUCAAAUUCUGUAAUAGCUGCGCUGGGACGAGCAUAGCAACUUUCAAAAUAUAUCCCUUGUAUAUUCGCCCAUGUGAAACAGUUAUGAGCUUCUUUGGAGCUGGUCUUGAAAGGUUGUCCUUUGCAGGACCAUAUUGCUGCCUUGCCGGUUUUACCUGCAAUCCAUGUGCUUUCCAGACGCUGGGAAUAUUGUUCACUUAUUAUGGCGACAUCAAUGUUCUCUUCUGUGAUUGUCGGGUCUAGCAAAUCCUGUGCUGUUGCGCAAUGAUUUAUGUUUAACUGUAUUAUCCUCAUUUUCUUAGAGUCUUCAUCAUCUCCUGGUACUUGGGGCAAGUCAGGCUCAAAACUGAGUGUUCCCUUUUGCAGAGUAUGCAGCUCGGAAUGUUGGUGCAUGCCUUUGCUAAAUGUCCCGCGGUUCCGCAACGUGUGCAUUGAGAAGAUCUGUCUGUCAAACUGCAGCAGUUGCGCGCCAUGUGUCCCAGGUGGAAACAUUUAUAGCAUCUAGGAAUAGGCGAGUAUUCUCGAAGGCGACAGAUCGAUCAUCCUAUCUUAACUUUGCCCAAUUUAAGUGCAGCUUUGGCAUCCUGAGCUCGUAGGCAUACUAGAGCUAUCUGUGUACCACUACGGGUUUUUCUCAUACUUUUGACGCUUGAUUUCUCCAGGUUUUGGAUCCCACACUCUGUUUUUAGCGCCUCACAAAUUUCCUCAGGUGUAGUAAUUUCAUCUAAAUCCUUACACACUAUUGUGACGCUAUGGGUUUUUGGCUGUAUCAGCGCCAUUUCACCCACCGCUCCCUCUAAGACGCUUUGGUAUGAUUCGGCUCUCUUGUCCGCCUGAUUUUUUAACUCAAUCAGUAGGUCUCCUUUCAUCGUUUUUCUAAUGUAGGUCACGUUUGAUCCUAACUCUUCAAGACCGCUGUCGCUUUUUAUCUUCCGGAGAAUAUCAGCAUACGACGACCCUUCCCUUUUUGUUAUAAUGAUGGCGUCCGGUUUCGUUCUUAUUUUCUUCUGAAUCGGCUUUCUCUUUUUAACAACAUCCACCCAUUUUUUACAUGAGUUAUAUUGGCCCGUAAUUUCUAUCAUUUUCGUGUCCUCGCUGGUCAUUUGUUGCACCUUUUCAAUAGCCUUUCUUGGCUUUUUUGUGGGGGGUAGUUCUCCCGAAACUUCUCGUAGCCGCUUUGGAGUAUUCGUCCCUUUAAAAAUAUGAGAAAGCUGUGUUGCUUUCUCAACCAUAGUUUUUUCCACCGGUUUCUCGGCUUUAUUAUAUAAGCACAUUAUGCUACUAAGUAAAUCGCGCAUUGCCUGGCUUACGUGUCUUUGACCAGCCAUCAUAUUUCCUAAUUCUUUUAUUUUGGAACCCAUUACUUAGUGAUUUCUCUUCACCUUUGCUUGCCCGGUCAGUAGUUUCACUAAAUGUUGAUCCAUCAGCGGUGGAUUCCUCAUUUCUGCCUUUUGUUGGCGUUCUCAAAAUUUUCGAAUUCCUCCGAAAAGGAUUUUCAGGUGUACGCCCCAUACUAUUCUCGGAGGCCAUACCUCAGUGAGAAAAUAGUUUGGGUACACCUGUAAGAGAGUACGUUCAGUCCCUGCCGUCGAAGUAAAGUCUAUCUGAACCAGGCUGUUUUCGAUGUUGGUAUGUGUUUGUUGAUUGGCGAAUCUUUACGCAGUCACAAACAUCCAAUUUGCGGAAGCAAUUACUUAUCGUAAAUGAAUUACAAUAUAUCUUAUAAAGUAGGUAUUUAAAUUUAAAUAGUCACUCUUCUUCUUAGAACCUAAAGUUAUUAAAUUGACAAUUUUUAAAGCAAAAGAGAAAAGAAAAAAAAAAUGAUCUUUCAAAACAUGAAAAAAGUGGUUGGUUUUGUUUACUUUUUUAAGUUCGGUUUGUCAACGUGUCUUUCGUGUCUUCUUUUCACUAAAUAAUAUGUUUUAUCUAAGAUUGCUCUUUUGUAUUUUUUUGCCAUCUAUUAAAACUAUUGUACCAAUAUCUUUCUCGAUAAUUUUCUGUAAAAAAACUUUAUCCAAUUUGUUGCCAAGUCUCAUGUUGCGCCUCAAGAGGACAUUUUCACCGGGAUGAUAUGUUUUCAUAUUUUUAUUUUGGUUACACCUUUUUAAAGUAUCUUCCUGAGCUGCAACCAAAGGCUUCCUAAGACUUACUAAACCUUUUUCUGAGUUCCCGUGAAACGCAUCAAUUGACUUAGCAUUAAUCACGGAAUGAAUACUGCAAUUGUACUUAUGCGUUGCUAAUAAUACUAAUUCGAUAAUGUCAUCAAUUUGCUGCUGCUGCUUAAUACUACAUCGGAUAAUUUCAAGUAGUGUGGAAUGAAACCUUUCCACCUGACCAUUGCUUGUCCUGUGGAGAGUUGAAAUAAAAGUUGGAAAAAUUGUCUCUAAGCAGUGUUGUGAUCGCGUUUGAUUUCAGGGAAUUUUCAUUGUCGGAAACGACAGUUUUAGUAUUUUGGAAUACCAGCAAGAUUUCUAAAAGUGCAUAUCUGAUAUCGAUCAUGGUUCUGGACGCAAUAGAUUUCACGAUAGCAAAUUUAGUUAAUUUGACUACACAGGUCAGGAAUAAAUGUUUGGAAAUUAUAAAUACAUCAAUGUGAAGGAUUUCUCCUGGUUUAUUAGGAAUUGGGCUUUGACCUAUCAAUGCAUCUGGUGGUUUACGUUGGUACUUAUUUUCUAAACAUAUUUUGCAGUUUGUAAUUAUUGAUUUAAGUAAUUUUUUUGAUAUUUGGAAAAUAGUACUCUCGCGAAAUUUGCUGAAAGUUUUCAUGUAACCCUCGAUGGGCCCGAUUGUGCUCGGCUGUAAUUGUUUCCAGUUGGACAUCCUUAUUGAUUAAGUCUAUGACGAAGAGCUCAGUAUGAAUAAACUUAACGCCAGGAAAUGCCGAUACUAUAGAGUUUUGAAUUUCACCCAAUGCGGGAAGAGUACAGUGUAUUCCAUUGGUAACGUCAGGGUUAAUAGCAAAUUUUAAAAACUUAAUGAGAUUUUCAACUGAAUUGUAUGUGAUACGUCUAAUAAUUUUUUAGAAAAUAAUUUUUAUAUUUUUAUUGCAUGAGCCUGAUUUAGAUAACAAUAGCUGAUUUCUAAAUUGAUUUACGGAGUUUCUAACUGUUUUUAUUACGUUACUUGAUGAUAUCUCACUAUGCAUAGUUUCGGACGAGGUGAUCUCAUUUAAGUUGUGAGAACACUGUCUUGAUAGUGCAUCCGUUACUUUAUUUUCUCUUCCGGGCUUAUAAUAAAACUUAGGUGAAAAUUCCUCAAUAAAUGCGCGCAACCUUUUAAUUUUGUUGUUUGGGUUUUUUUCUGACAUCGAAAAUAUUAGUGGUUGAUGGUCAGUAAAAACUUUGAUGUCCUGUAUUCCAUAUAAAUAAUGACGAAGUGUUUUCAACGCCCACACCAUAGCAAGUAAUUCACGUUCAUUUACAGCGUAGUUUUCUUCACUCUUCGAAAGUGUUCGCGAAAUCAUAGUUAUUGGACGCCCUUUUUGUGACAAAACCGCAGCAGUGCAACUGUUUUGCAAAUUCUAAUUUAGUGCGCUCAUUGGUUUCGUUAACAAUUUGCAGAACCUGCUCUUCAUUGACACUCAUUUUACCAAUUUUGUUUGGUAAGACUGAAUUUACUUGGUACUUCUUAUUAUCAAAAAGAUCUUAAUUGAAAAUUAUAAUUCACAAAUUUUUUGUCGGCGAGAAAAGAACACAAAGAUAAUUUUCCUUAAAGCAAACUUCUACUUGGAACGUCAGAACAAAAACAAAGUUAUUCAUACAAAUGCAUAGAAGAAACACGAUAAUUUAUUUUCUUUCAAUAUCCCGCACUUUAGAAAACUUUUAAAAUUUAUUUAUAAGCCAAAAAGAGUAAAUAUUUUCUGUCACCAAUUUUUACAGAAAAUGUAGCAAAAUUUUAACUUUAAAUUCCGACAAUGUGAACACGUGUUUUUUCGAAAUAUUUUCAAACUUUUUCACAGUUUAAUUAUCAAUUAUAAUUUCAUAUUUUACUUAAGUCUACUUUAAACGUAUUUUAAAGAAUCACUUACAGUUUUUCGUUAUCCUAUAUUAGAUAUUUUUCUGCAUUGAGUUGCACAGCUUAUAAAGAUUAUAUGAUCCUCCGGGUAGUACAGUAAACAGGAUUUUAUGUAGGAUUUUAUGUAAUACAGCUUCAGGAUUCUCUGGUCCUUUGGUUUUUUUAUUUGCUGCGAGUUGGGCGCCAAUUGUAUUUUUGUCGUUUCAAACAGAUUUUAUUAAAUAAUGAACUUUAUAAUUAUAAAAAUUUUUGGAAGUACAAAUUUUAUUAUUAAAUUUUAUGAGUAUUCAACUCCUCUUGCUGAUGGCCACUUUUACAAUGAUUGAUUCUAUGAUUUUUGCAUUUACUCAUAACCUUCCGACGCUGUCAACUAGCGUCAGUAUUUUUCCACAUUAUUAGUACCGUUAUGCAUUUAAUGUGUUAGAAUUCCAGGAAUGUGAACGUCAUCACUAUUUACUUUGUGGUAGAUGCAGGGUUGCUGCGUUUGACAGCGAAGCAUCAAAAUUCUUACGUUAUUCCAGGAAUAAGAAAAUGAAGAACAAAAUAGAUGAGUCAGAAGCGAUUUUCAACAUAACCCAGCAUUCGAAAAUGAGUAGCAAAAUCAAUCAUCCAAAGAUGAUACCCUAACUUAUACAGUAGACUCGCGGUAACAAAAACACCGCCUUGUGUGAACACCGGCUAACAUGAACAUAAUUUUUUUUACAUUGACUACUCGGUAGCGGGAACACGGUGAGAAAGCCCUAUCACGUGAACAAAUUUAAAAUGCAUUUAAAACGUUAUUUUCUUUUCUACAUGCAUACAUACAUAUGUAUGUUAAUUAUGCGAAUCGUUUUUAUAAAACGGGGAAUACCCGUAAAUUAUUGCUUAUGAGUAUACUGGGAUGGUUCAAUGUGGAUUGGCAUUAGAAUUAGUGCGCGUUGCUGACUUUGCAUGAGCUAAUCUAAAGUUAUUCGUGAAAGAUGUCGCAAAAACGACCAAAAUACUUGUCUUUAAAAGAAAAAGUUGAUGUAAUAGAAAAAUUAAAAGGAGGAUCAAGCGUAACCAGCUUAGCAAACCAGUACAGUGUUGCAAAAUCAGCAAUUUGCGCUAUCAACAAAAAAAGAGAACAUUUUAAAAUGUGUUAACAGUACAUUUUCUGGGCCUGGAAAGCGGAAGACUAUGAAGUGUUCUGAACUUCCUAAAGUGGAAAUAGCACUUUACCCUUGGUUCCUUAAACAGCAACAAACAAAUUAUCCUGUCAAUGAAUUGAGAGUUAAAGAAAAAGCUAAAUUUUGUCAUUCAAAAAUUAAAGAAACUCAAAGCGAUUUUAAUGCGAGUGAUGGAUGGUUGCAACGCUUUAAGAAGCGUUAUGGUGUGCGUUUUAUUAAAAUAAGUGGAGAAGAGUUAUCUUCUAGACCUGAACUUGUGAACCCUUUCAAAAACAAGCUGGAAGCCAAAAUUAAAGAGCUAGAUCUGUCGCACGAUCAAAUAUAUAAUGCAGACGAAUCGGGACUAUUUUGGAAGCUGCUACCUGACAGAACAUACGUAUCCUCACAAGAAAAAAAUUCUCCUGGAAGAAAAACGGAAAAACAGCGUGUCACUUUUCUGGCUUGUACAAACGCAACAGGGGUGCAUAAAGUUAAACUUCUUGUUAUUGGAAAGGCAAAAAAUCCUCUCUCGCUCUUUUAAAAAUGUUGAUUCUCCUGUUGACUGCAAUUGCUCCAAAUCGUCAAGGAUGACGGCUGCCAUUUUUAAACAUUGGUUUCACCAUUCGUUUGUACCACAGGUCAGAAAGUUUUUAAAAGAUCAAGGAUUGCCCAAUAAAGCGCUGCUGUUGAUAGACAAUGCUCCAUCUCAUCCUUCCGAAAAUGAAUUGAGAUCAGAUGACGAGUUAAUAACUGCAAUGUUUAUGCCACCUAAUGUCACUCCACUCAUACAGCCAAUGGAUCAAAAUGCCAUACGACUUACAAAACUUUUCUACAGAAACAGUCUUUUGGCAUCAAUUGUAGCCACAGGGACUGAUGUUAUUGAAGCUCUAAAGAAAUUGACGUUAAGAGACGCUAUUGGCUAUUUAGAAUUAGCUUGGCAACGUCUUGAAAACGAAACAAUAGCAAAAUGCUGGACGAACAUUUUAAGCUCUAUAGAAGAUGAAAAAGACUGUGAUGAAGAUAUUCCAUUAGCUACUUUGAGGGAAAGGAUGUGUUUGCCAAUUAACUGCCACCAAGAACGCGCAAUAAAACUGCUUCAUUUAAUUAAACCAGAGGUUAGUUUUUCAAUUGCUGAUAUCAAUGAAUGGACUGAAGAUUUUCCUAACUCAACCGAAACGAACGAGCUUUUAACUAGUGAUGAAAGUGAAAGCGAGGAUAGUAAUCUGGAAAGACCACAUUCAAAAAUAGAGCCUAGUGAAGCAAUAAACAUUUUUAAUAAAGCUUUGGAAUGGGCGGAAGAUGAAAAUAUAAGUCCAACAGAUAUCAGCGUACUUAAACGUCUCCGCGAAAAAGCCGUGUUCAGCAAUUUGCAAAAAAAGAAAAUCCAAAAAAAGAUAACCCAUUUUUUCCAAUAAUUUCAAUAGGUAUUUUUUUUCUUAACAAAGCCUAAACAUAUAAAUUACAUGUUUUUACAAUCUGAAAUAAAAUAAAAAUAAAUGAAUUUGAGUUAAAACACAUGUUUAACUUAUUUGAAAAAUUUUAAAAAUUAUACCUUCGAAAACGUGAACAACCUCGCAAACGUAAACACGCUCGGUUUUUAAUAGUUCACGUUACCGCGAGUCUACUGUAUAUACAAUAUGUGGCAGUGGCAUGUUCUCUGAAUAUACAUCAUUAUUUACUAUAUGGUACAGUGUUUAGGAUUACACUAAACACUCAAAAUAAAACCAUUCGAAAUGACGUACUAUGUAUUUCUACUACAAUAAAACCACGAUUUGAAUUA